AACCGCCCAGUCGGUAUCACGUUUAGCAAAGUGUGUUUGCCAUGACGCACCAGAAGCUCUCGUCGUUGGUCGACCAGUCCAAGGAGUUGACAGCCCAACCACCAUGCCGGACCAAACGAAAUCUGGCUUGGUGGAAAGAUCAUUACGGCAAGUCCGUCGUCACGACCAAAGCGUUGGCAGCCAUGGCUGACAGCGUAUACCGUGCCGUCGUCAACAACGAUAUUGCAGGCCUCGAACGGUUUUUGGCAGAGGACCCAACACUCGCGUUUACAAAGAUCUUUGGACCUGGCAAGAGGACAGCGUUGUACGUGGCCAGCAUGCUCGGCAAGGUGGACAUCGUUCGACUGCUAAUUGCGAGAGGAGCCGACAAGCACUUGAAAUGUGAAGGAGUUGACCCUGUUCACGUCGCAGGGAUGUGCACACACGAUGUCGUGUCAGCGAUGAAAAUCAAGCACCUGUUGGGUGCAUUUACCACGCCGCAAGUGUUGCUGCGAAGGCAAAGUUGUUCGACAGCGAACAAGCCGCAGAGAUUCCGUGUCGAGAUCCAUUUCAGCGAACCCAUUUGGGAUUUUGUCCAGGACGACAUUGAAGUGCACCGAUGCAAGGUCGCGGCGUUUUCCAUGUAUCGUGAAGACUUUUUCGUUGCAAUCGUUCAAACCAGUGACGUGGUUGACGCAAUGGACGAGGCACACCGACCACGUGUGCGGGUCCCGCCCAACGUAGCUAGGCGAAAGCACUCGAAUCGGCUGAACGAUGCGUCCCCCGUGCUGUACUUGACGUAGGAGUACGCGAACCAAGUUAUGCGAUAACAUGCAGAUGAAGUUGAAG